AUGCCAGCAACUACUAUCGCUUACACUCGUCACGAUGAUGAUGACUGGACUGACAUCACCGAGCCCAUCACUGAAGCGUGUUCCUCUAUGGGUUUGGGCCAACUCGUUCAUGGCGAGGACUACAGCCCUUUUGAGGCGAUGAGCGCUAUUGAGCUUAUGCAGCCCAAGAUGGACGUUGGCUUGCAGACUCCUGCCAACCUCGAGAAGGUCAUCGAUACGAUCGGCGACCUCAGUGACGCAGAUGCAAAGUAUGUGGCUGACGGCAUGCUUGCUAUGAUGUAUUUGUAUUUUAAUG